UGGAAUCAAACCGGGACCUCCUGGUUCAUAGGUGGACGCUCAGUCACUGUGCCACAUCUGCUGGGCUCCACCUAAUUUUUAAUGAAUACUUGAUAGUUAAUGGCCAGUUUUAUUAAAACUUCAUUUUCCUUUUUUAUAGUGAAAUUAAAUGGUGGCAGACAUGUCCAAGGAAUAUUACGGGGAUUUGAUCCCUUUAUGAAUCUUGUGAUAGAUGAAUGUGUGGAGAUGGCAACUGGUGGGCAACAGAACAAUAUUGGAAUGGUGGUAAGUAAAGAUGUGACAUUUCUCUUAGAUUUAUUUUUCAUUUGGAAUAAGCAUCAAUUUCCCUCUAUCAAAGUCUUGAACUAAACUGAAGUUAGGCAAGUCACAGGCAACAUUAGACUUUCCAUCUUCCUUUGAGUUUAACACUUGGCAGUCAUUCAACUGUGGUUAAUAUCCCAGUUACCUUUAAGUUAGAUCUGCACUUAACUGGCAAGUUAGAUUUGCAUCUUACAUAGAACCCUCGGAGGUCCUUGGACUUGAAAUUGCUGUUGGAAGUCUUUUUUUUUUUUAGCUUUAUUCUAUAAUAGAAGCCCAUAGUCAAUCUUUAUUAGAGAGCAGUAGGUCUGCAUCUUAAUUGCAUCUUAGAAUCAUAUUAGUUUGGGAUGUAGCUUAGAGGGGUUUGUUUUUUGUUUGUUUUUUAAGUUCCGCAGAUGAUUUGAAUGUAAAGUAAAGAUUAACCACUGGUACAGAGCAUUUACAAUCACCUGAGUUUUCCCAAAAAAACAAAAACUAGAUUCUACCCCAAAACAAUUAAAGCUAUCCCUAGUGGUGCUUUUUGUUUUGUUUUGUUUUGUUAUAUUAAAAUAUUAAUGUGUAGUAAAGGUUAAGAACAUGCUUAUGGCUUGGCCCGCGUGUUUCAGUGGUUGAGCAUUGAUCAAGGAACCAAAGAUCACCAUUUGGAUUCCUGGUUAGGGUACAUGCCUGGGUUGCAGGCUUUAUCCCCAGUAGGGGG